AUGGAUGAAGUUUUGAGAUCUCAUAGACGACGGAGGCAUUGGCAUAUCCUGCUACAGCAGGUAGAGGACGAGCUUGAAUCUAUCAAAGGUCAGAUCAUCACUGCUGCAGAUGUUGUUAAAUGGAAAUGUCGAACUGAUACAUACAAGCCGAGGUUUCGAUCGAAAGACACUUGGUUGCAAAUUCGAGAAAAUCACCCACGCUGUGGCUGGGAUGAAGUGGCUUGGUUUAAAUAUUCUACUCCGAAAUACUCGUUUUUGUUCUGGACUGUAAUGCAUGACAGGAUCUCUACUGGCGAAAGGAUGUUGACAUGGAAUGCAAACGUUGAUCCGAGCUGUGUUCUGUGUAAUCAUCCUUUAGAAACGACACAACACUUGUUUUUCGAAUGCUCAUAUUCAGCUCAUAUUUGGGAAGCUCUUGUUAAAGGUAUCCUGCGGGAGAAUUACACAGCAAACUGGAAUGUUGUCCUCUGCAUCAUCAAGAACAGAGAAUAUGACAAGUUGACUCUGUUCUUACUCCGAUACUCUAUUCACGCAACCAUGUACGGUUUAUGGAGAGAGAGGAAUGCGCGUCGCCAUGGAGAAGCUCCUUCACCACCGCAGCUACUGAUCAAAACUUUGGACAAAGCCAUUCGUAACCGACUUAGUACGAUCAAAUCACAAGGAGACAAGGAGUUCGAUGAAGGUCUAACUCUAGCGCUUUUGAACUUGGUUGAACUUGGUUUCCAGGAACUACACAAGUUCAACCAAGCGCUUUUGGGCAAUCAAGUAUAG